AUGAGCUGGAACUUGAAUGGCUUGACCUUCGCGAUCAACGUUGGCGAAACCUAUGGUGGAAUGAUGGUUGGAUUGUUGCUGGCGGCGCUCUUGUGUGGGACCGCGAGCAUACAAGCUGCCAUCUUUUUCUGUGCAAAAAAGACAGACCCAAUCUCCAAUAAGAUAUCGGUCGGUCUACUAUGGGUGUUGGACGUGUUGCAACUGUGCUUUGUUUUCAAUUCGACAUACUUCUACGUUGUUGAUCAAGUAGGAGUGUCCUCCCCGCCAUUCAUCUGGAGUUUCCAAAUACAAAUCUUCAUGCAGACUCUUAUCAUGAGCUCAACGAAACUGCUUUAUACGAGUCGCUUGUGGAAACUCAAACACCUUGUCUCGAAAUGGGUCCCAAUUGGAUUGAUCGUUUAUCUAUCUAUUGACUUUGGUUUGGGGGCUGUGUUUGCUUAUGAAGUCUUUACUGUCGACGUAUUACCUGAUCUUGCGAGCGUAAAAUUCAAACCCAUUGUCAUCUUGUCAAUGUGCAGUACUUCAGUUUCUGAUUUACUUGUUGGCGGAACACUACUUUAUGCCCUUGCCAAGUCCCAUACGGAUCUGAGUUGGACGAGUUCGAGCGGCACGAUGCUUGUGGCUUAUCUCGUGAACACGGGAAUCAUCACAGGCAUGUUCUCCGUAGCAGUUGUCAUAGCAUUUGCCAUAGGCGUACAACAUCCGUUGUACAUUGUCUCAGAAAUAGCUUUACCCCAAUUUUAUAUCAACUGCUGCUUUUCAAUGUUGAAUGCGAGUGUUUACUUUCAGACAAAUCAGGCCUCCAAAGUUCCACCCAUAACACACAUAUUACCUUACUUCAACAACGACGACCCUACAACCUCCAUCCUUUUAGGCCAAUCUCCACCCAACUCGAGUUCUAGAUUGAAUUUAAAGCUCACCGGAAUGGCAACAUCAGACACGAACGUUCCCACCAUUAAUGAGAUAGGUCUUCCGCUAUUCCAAGUGGAAGAUAAACCCGAGCCUAUAGUACGUCAAAUGCCUGUUGAGGUCGUGAUACAAAGGGCUCACCAUGCGAUAACUUCGGAUUUGCGACAUGGACGCGGCACUGUGGUUGUUCAUUCAUGA